UGAUUGAAAAUAGAUUUGAUUUUGAGAAGAAAAGAAAAGAAAGGAAGAGAGAGAGCGAUAGAUACAUUGAUGAUCCAUGUAUGAGUGAUUUAGUCAAACAGAGCAGCAAAAAGAUUGUGUUUUGCAAUAAACAAGGUUAAGAAGCAGCCUUUCUAGUUUCUACUACACACCCACGUACUGUUUUUGUUAUUGUUCCUUUUCAGUGUUGUCUUCUUUUAGGAAGAGAAAGAAGAUCGUUGAAAACAACAAACACUAUCUUAUCACACUACUAACCACCUCCACCAACACCAACAUCUUCAUCUUCACAUACAUAACACACCACUCUCAUGCUCAUGCUCAUGCUCAUUCUCACCCAUAACAUCAUCAUCAUCAAUGAACAUGCUCAUCCUCUUCUUCACUCUCUUAACUCUCCCCCUCCAAUCCCUCACCGCCACGUGUCCCCUCAACUUCACUCUCCUAACCAUCCUCUCCGGCGGCUCCAAACCCUCCUCCUUCGACUCAACACCCUGUCAAUUCGUCCACCAAUCCCUCCGCCUCGUCCAAUCCGACUACCUCCGCCGCACCGGCUUCUUCCUCCCUCCCCUAAACACCUCCCUACCAUGCUGGACCUCUUUCCAAUCCUACAUCAACCAAUUCGCACCAACCUUCAACAUUCGCUCCUCUUGCGGCUUCCAAACCAAUUGGAUCUCUCAAGGUUGCGUCAACGUCACAACCAAACAACAAUUCGAAUCCAUCGUUCCUCAAUCCACAAUUCUCAACAUGCAAUCCAAUUGUAACCAAUCCAUUGAAGAUAAUUCCCCUUGUGCUCUUUGCACCACCAGUUUAUCAGGUUUACCCCCUCUCGGAAAAUCCAUCGGAAACCUCUCCGAUUGCACCGGUUAUCCUUCAAUCUAUGCCGCCGCUUUUUCAAAUCAAUUUGGACCGUCCGAUCCUGGUACUGCUAAGUGUUUAUUCGCCCUUGAUUUCACCUCUGGAAGUUCCUCUGCUAAUAAAAGAAAGGUUGUUAUAAUUGUUGUUGUUUCUGUUGUUUCUCUUUUGGUUCUGUUGUUCAUGGUUUUAGGGUUUUGGGCUUAUUCCAAAUUUUAUGAUAAGGUAAAUGGAAAUGGUGAUAAGGAUCAUGGUGUUAUUAAUAUUGCUGACAAGGGUUUAGUUUCUGGGUUGCAUUCAAUGGAACAAAGUACUACUUUGAUUAAUUUUAGUAUUGAGGAUGUUAAGAAGGCUACUAAGAAUUUUUCUAGGGAUAAUAUAAUUGGGAGAGGGGGUUAUGGGAAUGUGUAUAAAGGUUUGUUGUCUGAUGGAAGUGAAGUUGCUUUGAAGAGGUUUAAGAAUUGUUCUGCUGCUGGUGAUGCUAGUUUCACUCAUGAGGUUAAGGUUAUUGCUAGUGUUAGGCAUGUGAACCUUGUUGCUUUGAGAGGUUAUUGUAGCGCAACAACGCGUUUGGAAGGUUACCAGAGGAUUAUUGUUUGUGAUUUGAUGCAAAAUGGGAGUCUUCAUGAUCAUUUGUUUGGUUCUUUAGGUGUGAAGCUUAGUUGGCCGCUUCGACAGAAGAUUGCUCUUGGAACAGCUAGGGGAUUGGCUUAUUUGCAUUAUGGAGUUCAACCUGCUAUCAUUCAUAGAGAUAUUAAAGCAAAUAAUAUACUUUUGGAUGAUAAGUUUGAAGCUAAGGUUGCUGAUUUCGGACUUGCAAAGUUUAAUCCAGAAGGAAUGACUCAUAUGAGUACGAGGGUGGCCGGAACGAUGGGGUAUGUUGCUCCUGAGUAUGCUUUGUAUGGACAAUUAACAGAGAGGAGUGAUGUGUUUAGUUUUGGUGUUGUGCUUCUUGAGUUACUUAGUGGGAGAAAGGCUCUUCAAACAGACAUUGAUGGACAACCUUCUGCUUUGACUGAUUGGGCUUGGUCAUUGGUUAGAACAGGCAAGGCUUUGGAUGUCAUUGAAGAUGGGAUGCCGGAACAACGUUCAAAUCAAGUUCUUGAGAAGUACGUGUUGAUUGCUGUGCUUUGUUCACACCCGCAGUUAUAUGCUAGGCCGACGAUGGAUCAGGUCGUUAAAAUGAUGGAGGCUGAUGAUGAAUUGGUGCCCUUAAUACCCGGACGACCGAUACCUCUUGUCGCAGGGAGGCUUGAUAUUGAGAGAUCGAUUAGCAGUAGUGGUGGCUCCGGUCAGCUCUCUAGUCCAACAGGUUACCAAUCAUUCACAUUAGAAAUGGGAAGCGAACUCCAUUCUUCGAAUUCUAGGGAAGAAAGAAGCUCUAGCUCUAGGAUUUUGGGUUCCGAUUGAUCAGAUUUUGAGGAAUUAAUUUGGAUUUGGAUCAAUUCAGCGUGAUUUAUUUGUACAUAUAGAUUAUAGAUUGUAUGUUUCUUGAAGCUAGAACUUUCCCUUAUACAUAUAUAGUGUCAUAUAAAUGUUCAUAUUUAGAUUCUUUUCUGAAUUUUACUUAGUGGGAAGGAGAGUAUGAUAAAGUUUUGCUGAUUUGAGUGGCAAGAGUAAUGUAUUAGAACCGAUCUUUCAUUUCAUUUUAGUAAGAAUCUUAAGUGGUACAACUUGUAUUACUA